GGCGAGGCAGCGCGUGGGCGAGGCGGGCGCUUUUGCAGCGAGUGUCGUCUUGAAUUGAGCGGGCGAGCGAGUUGCUGGUGCUGGUGCUGGUGCUGGAGAGAACCCCUGCUGGGCUGGCCUUGUGGGAACGAUGUGGUGGGAAUGGGGGGCGCUGAGUGGUUGGGCGGGCCAGGCGCUAAUCAACGGGCCAGACGCAGGUGGUAGUGGGUGGGGAGGAUGGGCACUGCAGACAGCGAGCGAAGCAGUGCAGAAGAAAAGGGCGACAGUCUGUCUGCGAGGUUCUGUUGCUUGCAGUAUAGCUACGUCUAGAGCGCUUUGGGGAGGGCGCGUGCCGUCACCUACACCAGAACCGUGACUGACGACAGGGGCGCCUUCUCGACGGACUAUAUGCACUUUGCACUCCAAUCUAAUAAGCACAUGAGGGCUGCGUCGUUGCGGG